GUGCUCCGACAUGAGAGUUUCGGAGGCGGAAACCUGCUGGUUCAGUAGAAGAAAGGUUGCUCCAUAUAAAUGUGUCAACUCAUUUGUACGGUUCUCAUGAAUUGCAGAAGAAGAGUAGAGAUAUUUGACGAGAGCAACAGGAGAAAAAUCAAACUGUCUGGAGGUGGGAGAUGUAAGGCAGCAAGACACCUGGCUUGUGCGUAAAAUGGAUACUGCUGCGACCCCUUGAAGGACUGCCGUCACAGUUGUGUUCCAUCACUGAAGAAUAAGACACUGACCUGUCCUGUGGAUUUAUACCUCGGAACAAUCCAAAGUGUUACAUUUACACUUCGGGUUGUUUUAAGUGUCCACACACUACAUUACACUACGACUGUAGCUGAGGUCCCUCCCGCUAGUCAAAGAUGACAGAGAGGGUCCCAUGGUGGAAGGCAUUCCUGCCAAAAAAGAAGAGCGGAGGCCCUAAGGACACCAGUACACCCCACACUCUUGACCCGGACUUUGAUCCUUUUGCACAACAGACUGAGAAGCCAAAAGAUCACGCAGCCUCCAAGAGCAGCGGCGACCAGUCCCUGUCUCAACAGGAGUCCAGCAAGAGCUCCAGCCUCGCCAGCGAUGACACCUACGACGACUCCCGCCUGGAGUCGGUCUUCAACGAGCAGACGUGCCGCAGGAACAUGAAGGUGUCACGCUCAGGUCGAUUUAAGGAGAAGCGGAGAGUGCGCUCGAGCCUUCCUCUACAGGAGAAAGAGACUUAGAAUGAGGACAUGUGGUGACGGAGAGGAGGAGGAGGAGGAGGAGGAGGAAGAGGAGGAAUUGAUCCAAGACUGUUGCUUUAGAAAAAAAAAAGAUGCUUGAAGAAAAGGAGAGGGUGUUGAGUACAUGAAGAUGCUUCAUUCUCUUGAGGCAUACCAAGAGGUCAGUUGUGUUUAAGUUGCGAUGGUGAUGAUGAAGAUGAGACAAUGAUGGAGCAUUUAACACUUAACCCAAUACUGCAGGAAUGAGGUUAUGAGGUAUAUGACAAAUUGGAAAUGUGGACAUUUUUUUUGAUGAUCAUCAACUUGAAAUUGAUUAUAUCUCUUCUUCAUGUUGGUUAUUGAACCAUUUCGCCAA